GCCAUGAUGAUAGUUCCCAGAAUAUUUUCUUUCCUUCAGUUUUUCACUCUUUUAUAUCUCUUUAUAGUUACUUUUGCUUCCACUGAGGAAGCAACUGCUCUCCUCAAAUGGAAAGCAACUUUUCUGAAGCAGAAUAAUUCCUUAUUGGCUUCUUGGACAUUAAGUACUAAUGCAUGCAGGGAUUGGUAUGGAGUUAAAUGCUUAAAUGGUAGGGUAAACAUGUUGAGUAUUACAAAUGCUAAUGUGAAUGGUACGCUCUAUGAUUUUCCAUUUUCAUCUCUCAGUUUCCUUGAAUAUGUUAAUCUUAGCAUGAACCAGGUCUCUGGCACCAUCCCACCUGAAAUUAGUAAGCUCACUAAUCUUGUCUAUCUUGACUUGUCAGUGAAUAAUCUUUCUAGUUCAAUUCCCAAAACUAUAGGCGACUUAACUGAGCUCAAAAUUUUGUAUGUUUAUUCUAACCAACUUUUUGGUCCCAUUCCUAGUGAGUUGGGGAAUCUGAAAAACCUCACUGAUUUGCGAUUAUCCCAUAAUCAGCUUACCGGUUCAAUUCCAAUUACUCUAGGUGACUUAACUGAGCUCAAAAUUUUGUAUCUCUCUUCUAACCAACUUUCUGGUCCCAUUCCUAGUGAAUUGGGGAAUUUGAAAAACCUCAAUGAGUUGUCACUAUGCCGUAAUCAUCUUACCAGUUCAAUUCCAAUUAUUCUAGGUGAAUUAACUGAGCUCAAAAUUUUGUAUCUUUCUUCUAACCAACUUUCUGGUCCCAUUCCUAGUGAAUUAGGGAAUUUGAAAAACCUCACUGAGUUGUCAUUAUCUCGUAAUCAACUUACCAGUUCAAUUCCAAUUACUCUAGGUGACUUAACUGAGCUCAAAAUUUUGUAUCUUUCUUCUAACCAACUUUCUGGUCCCAUUCCUAGUGAAUUAGGGAAUUUGAAAAACCUCACUGUGGUGUCAUUAUCUCGUAAUCAUCUUACCAGUUCAAUUCCAAUUACUCUAGGUGACUUAACUGAGCUAAAAAGUUUGUUUCUUUCUUCUAAUCAACUUGCCGGCCAUUUGCCAGACCAGCUUUGCCAAGGUGGAAAACUUGAGCACUUGAUAGUGGCUAACAAUAAGCUAACAGGGCCAAUACCAAGUAGCUUGAGGAAGUGCUCUAGUUUCAAAAGGGUUCGCUUUGAUAACAAUAGUUUCACUGGGAAUUUAUCUGAAGCUUUUGGCAUCUAUCCACAGCUUUAUUUCAUUAAUUUGAGUGACAAUGAUUUUCAUGGUGAACUCAAUAGCAAUUGGGGGAAAUGCAAGAAUUUGACUAAUCUGCAGGUAGCCAGAAAUAACAUUAGUGGUAGCAUACCACCAGAGAUUGGAAAUGUCAAAGGGCUUCUAGGACUUGAUCUUUCAUCAAAUCAUUUGAUUGGGCACAUUCCUAAGGAAAUUGGAGAUUUAACCUCUCUAGUGAAGCUUUUUGUGCAGAAUAACAACAUUUCUGGCAAUAUACCCGGGGAACUUAGGUCAUUGACAAAAUUAGAGUCCCUUGAUCUAUCAGGCAAUAGAUUGAAUGGGUCGAUCCCAAUCUUUUUAGGAGAUUAUGUGCACUUGUUUCAAUUGAACCUAAGCAAUAACAAAUUUGGGCAGAAAAUUCCUAUGGAGAUAGGGAGGAUAACUCAGCUUAAUGUACUUGAUUUGAGCCAUAAUCAUCUUGUUGGAGAUAUACCCCCUCAGUUAGCCAAUUUGAAGGUCUUGGUAAGCUUAAAUCUUUCCCACAAUGGCCUCUCUGGCCGCAUUCCUGAAGAACUUGAAAGUUUGACUGGUUUACAAGAUGUCGUGUUGUCAUAUAAUGAGUUGGAAGGUCCAAUUCCUUAUAAUAAAGCUUUUAUCAAUGCCUCAUUGGAGGGUAAUAAAGGCCUUUGCGGAAAUGUAACAGGACUCCAGCCCUGUGAAAGGCCAUCUUCUGUGGUUACGAAGCACUCAAUGGCAAAGGAACGUAAACUCAUCCUCAUCAUUGUUCUUCACAUUGGGAGCACUAGUACUCUGUGCUUUCAUUGGUGUUCUAUUUAUGUGUGAUAAAAGAAGGAAAGUUAGAGACAUUGAAAGACGUGGUGAUGGUUGAGCUUUGAUAUCCAUGUUAGAUGGAAAGGCAUUGUACAGAGAUAUCUUAAACGCCACAGAGGAGUUUGAUGCAACAUUUUGCAUCGGGCAAGGAGGGCAUGGAAGUGUUUACAAGGUAAACCUUCCAUCAUUAGGGAAUAUAGCUGUGAAGAGACUUUAUUCUUCAUUUGAGAAUACACAUCCCAAAAGCUUUAUGAAUGAAGUAAGGGCAUUGAUUGGGAUUAAGCACCGGAACAUCGUGAACCUCUAUGGCUAUUGUUCGAAUGCACAAAACUCGUUGUUGGUUUACGAGUAUGUGGAAAGGGGGAGUUUGUCUAGUAUUUUGAGCAAUGAAGCUGAGUCCAAGAAAUUAGAUUGGCUUAAAAGGGUGAAUAUCAUCAAAGGUGUUGCUUUUGCUUUAUCUUACUUGCACCAGGAUUGUUCACCAUCGAUUGUUCAUCGAGACAUAUCAAGCAGAAACGUUUUGCUUGAUUCUGAGUAUGAAGCUCGUGUUUCAGAUUUUGGCAUAGCUAAGCUUCUCAAUCCAGACUCAUCCAAUUGCACUACACUUGCAGGCACAUAUGGCUAUGUUGCACCUGAGCUUGCAUAUACAAUGAAGGUUACACAAAUGUGUGAUGUCUAUAGCUUUGGAGUAUUAGCAUUGGAGAUAAUCAAAGGAAAGCAUCUUGGGGAAUACAUUACUGUGCUAGCAAAUUCGUCGACUAGAGAUUAUGUGCAACUUAGCGAUUUGCUAGACGAACGCCUUCCGUAUCCUGAAGAUAGAGUAAAAGAGGUUUUGGUUUUUAUCAUCAAACUAGCAAGUUCUUGUUUGCUUGAAACUCCAAAAUCAAGGCCAACAAUGCACUUUGUCUCUCAUAGGUUAUCAUCAAUGAAUCCACGUCCACCUACUCAUGUAAGGCAAGCUAAAUAAUCCCAGAGAUGUGAGGUGUCUUUGUAUGAAAAUGAAUAAACUUUGAAACCAAGUGGUUGUGAGUAAGUUAUUUUGAUGAGACGGUCCAUGCCAAAAUUAUUACUGGGACUAAUAUUGUUGUAUUGUCAGGGUGUUUAUCUGGUUUAUUGUAUUAUAGUGUAUAAUGUAGAAGGUAACUGUUCCUUGUGCCAAAAAGUAAUCAAAACAAGCUUCAUAUUUGCUAAAUACUGAUAUUAUGGGAUGGAAUAAUUGCUUCUAUCCAAGUGACGAGAGAGUCAAUUUUAGAAAGAAAAAAAAAAAAGGACAUCACAUUCGUGCUGCCAUUAUUUUUCUGAGUUAGUUGAGUUCUCCAAAUUAAA